AUGGAAACGAUCAGUUUGGACUUGCUACGCAAAGAAAAUCUAGUGGAAAAUAUAAAGGAAGAAGCGCAAGAUAAGAACAACAACUCCGAAGAUAUUAUUCAUCAUUGUCAAUACCGCGGCGAAGUGAAUGGAAGAAUCAUCUUUACAAACUAUCGACUCAUUUUCGCUGCAAAAGGAAAUUCUUGGUUCAUCGUCUCAGUGCCGUACAACACGAUAAACAAAGUCUCAAAAAGCCCCCACCGAACUACCAACACAAAGAACCUCCUCAACGGCUCAGAACAAAGCCCACUCGUUGUGGAAAUCGAAUGCAAAGACUUCAGAUCACUGAAAUUCGACUUCAAACACGACAACGGGGACAAGAGCAAAUUUCACAACAAUGUUUCACAACGGGCUUUUGGCAAAGACUAUUCCGUGAAGACUUUUUCGCCAAAAAGUAUUGAGCGAUUAUUUUGCUUCGUGAAGAAAUCCGAAACGAGUGAAAAUUGGUUCAUCUACGAUGUUCACAAAGAGUUCGAGAGGCAGACAAAGAAUUUACAGAGUAAGGGAGAGUGGAUUAUUACCGAGGAGAACAAUAAUUUCGGCCUUUGCGAUACCUAUCCCAAGUACCUCGUUGUUCCAAAAAUGGAGAAAGAAAAAGUCACUUUACAAAAAGUCGCCUCCUACCGAAGCCGAAAUCGUCUACCGGUCGCCACUUGGAUUCACCCAACGAAUGGAGCCGUGAUUACGCGCUGCAGUCAACCCCUUGUUGGUGUCACUGAAAGAAGAUGUGGGGAAGACUAUCUGUAUUUGAAGAAAAUUCGAGAUUUGAGAACACCGGAGGCGAAUAAAUUGCUGAUCUAUGACUGCAGACCGAAGGUUAAUGCACAAGGUUAG